GCAAUUUGGCCAACCAGGCGCACGUGUGAGGUUAAGUUGAAACGCAAGUUGGGGAAUAACGCGUAUAAAUCUAAAAACUGAUAAAACAAAAGAAUGUGUGCUGACGACACACUGCAAUUCUACUUGGGACUGACGAAAUUAUAAAGAUAAUUGCAGCCACACGCACAAAUAUAAGUUGCAAAAUGUUGUCACGUUGCAAAUGGAGCAUGUUGCAGCGACUACAACAUGUGUCCGCACGCCUGAUCAUGAUGCAACUGCAAGCGACUGCUCCGAGUUUCCACAUGAGAAGCCACCAUGUGGGUGUCGUGCAGCAGGCGCCUAGCAAAAGAACCAAGCUUGAACUCAAGCGCCGCUUGAAAGCCGAACAAAAGGCCAAGGAGAAGGCGGAAAAAGAGGCAACACGCACCGCCAACGCAAUUGUAGCAGGCGAUGCCGCUGGCGGCGGCAAGAAGAAAUCCUCUGCAGCCGAGGAAGAAGAAAUCUCACCAAAUGAGUACUUCAAGUUGCGUUCUGCUGCUGUGGCAGAGUUAAAGAAAACACCAGAAACACAUCCGUAUCCACAUAAAUUCCAUGUUAGCAUCUCACUGGAGAACUUCAUAGCUCAAUACACGGACCUGAAGGAUGGAGAGACUCUGGAGAAUGUCAAUCUUAGUCUAGCGGGUCGUGUGCAUGCCAUUCGUGAAUCCGGCGCCAAAUUGAUAUUUUACGAUCUGCGUGGCGAGGGCGUCAAGCUGCAGGUCAUGGCCAGUGCCAAGUCGUAUAAAAGUGAGGCUGCCUUUGAGGUGGACACAGCAAAGUUGCGCCGCGGAGACAUCAUUGGCGUCAGUGGAAGUCCCGGCAAGACUAAAAAAGGCGAGCUGUCCAUUAUGCCAAAAGAAAUCAAGCUCUUGUCGCCAUGUCUUCACAUGCUGCCGCAUUUGCACUUCGGGCUCAAAGACAAGGAAACGCGCUAUCGCCAACGCUAUCUUGAUUUGAUACUCAACAACAAGGUCCGCGAGACCUUCCAGAUACGCGCUAAGAUUAUUUCGUAUAUACGUCAGUUCUUCGAUCGUUUGGGCUUUUUGGAAAUCGAAACGCCUAUGAUGAAUAUGAUAGCUGGCGGAGCAACAGCCAAGCCCUUUGUUACGCAUCACAACGAGCUUAAGAUGGACUUAUAUAUGCGCAUUGCACCCGAGUUGUAUCACAAAAUGCUCGUGGUUGGUGGUCUGGAUCGUGUUUAUGAGAUUGGUCGCCAAUUCCGCAAUGAAGGCAUUGAUCUGACGCAUAACCCGGAGUUUACGACUUGUGAAUUCUAUAUGGCGUAUGCGGAUUAUCAUGACAUAAUUGAAAUAACCGAGCAAUUGGUUUCGGGUAUGGUGAAGACCAUACAUGGCUCCUAUAAAAUCAAAUAUCAUCCUGAUGGCCCCGAGGGUGUUGAGCACGAGCUGGACUUUACGCCGCCCUUUAAACGUGUCUCGAUGGUUGAGACCCUAGAGCAGAAACUUAAUGUGAAAUUCCCUCCAGCAGAUACCUUCAAUAGCCGCGAGACCAAUGAGUUCCUCUCCCAGCUGUGCGCCAAGCACCAAGUUGAAUGCCCAGCUCCGCGUACAACUGCACGUCUAUUGGACAAAUUGGUGGGCGAGUUCAUUGAGGAGACGUGCAUUAAUCCUACAUUCAUUUGUGAGCAUCCACAAAUUAUGUCGCCUCUGGCCAAGUAUCAUCGCAGUGUGCCGGGCCUGACGGAGCGGUUCGAGCUGUUUGUGGCUAAGAAAGAGAUCUGCAAUGCCUACACCGAAUUGAAUGAUCCCGUUGUGCAGCGCGAACGUUUUGAGCAGCAGGCCAGCGAUAAGGCUGCCGGGGAUGAUGAGGCUCAAAUGGUGGAUGAGAAUUUCUGUACGGCACUGGAGUACGGACUGCCGCCAACUGGUGGCUGGGGCAUGGGUAUCGAUAGGUUAACCAUGUUCCUUACAGACUCUAAUAACAUUAAGGAAGUCUUACUGUUUCCUGCCAUGAAGCCCGAGGAAGCCAACCGUAGCAAUCCAGCCGAGACGACGCAGGCCACAAAUUAGAUGGUAUUUAUGACAUGCGGCAUUUAGUGGACCAUGCCGACUUACUUUAUGCCUAGUUUAUAAAUGUGAAGUCGUUUAAUUUUGACACACCAUGUUGCAAACCCAAAACAAAACAUUACGAAAUGAAAAACUCAAUUAAAUUAUUCACUGCAUAAUAUGUAUGUAUCCAAGUUCUUGCUUAUA